AUGCUACGCCCCUCAAACAUAACCCGCUCAAACUCAGAAUACUCACUCCAAGACCUCGCUAGACCAGGCUCUCGUCUACGCCAUUCCCGCUCCUGUUCACGCAACGAACAAGAUGAAUCCCAUCCCCGAAACAGCAACGGAGAGACACCCACCGCAGUGACGCAAAGGGAUGACGCUGCACCCAAGACAAGCCUGGGAACGUUCUGGAAAGACUAUGUUAGCUGCGAGGUAGACCUCUCAGCGUCAAGGGAUCAUCUGGCAAACGAAAGGACCUUUUUAGGGUAUCUUCGUACCUCGGUUAUGAUGUCCAUGGUGGGAACAAUGAUAGCUCAGCUGUUUACUCUCAGUCGCAAAGGGUAUCACACAAAGAGCUUUGGAUACUUUAUCACGGGGAGACCUCUGGCUUUGACCUGUUAUGGGUUCUCCAUUGGAACAAUCCUGCUGGGGGCUGUUAGGACGUGGAGGCAUCAGAGGAUCAUGAUGGGUGGGAAAGCGUUGGUAGGAGGGUUCGAGAUUCACGUUUUGGGUAUAUGCAGCAUGGCGCUGCUUUUGGUGUUUUUCUCUUUUUUGCUUAGUAUUGACGUCGUCAAGGAGAGUGAACCCAUGACUACGGCAACUCCUUGA